AUGGCCCCGAUCAUGGCCCCGAUUCCUGCACCAGCCCCAAGCUCCAUGACCUCUCUGCCGCCACCUACAGCAAGGGCGUGGCCGGCCCGGGCCUCGGACUUCCGCGGCCGGCCGGAGGGGUCCUCGCUGUUGAGGAGACGCCGAGACUCGUGGGCGUGCACCCUGGGCCCCCCCAGCCACCGCCCCCCCGCCUUGCUGCGACCCCAGCCCUGCGGCCCCGCCCGCCCGUCCGCGACAGGCCACCAGCUGCCCCAACGGCCGAAGGCUCCGAGGAGUGAGUCCACAGCCCCCCGGCCUCUGCCGCCGCCCGAGGUGCGUGAGGACGGUAGUCGUAGUCUGGCCCCCAUUCCCGUAACGGUCAAGCGAGAGCCUCAGGACUUGGACCAGCUGUACCUGGACGACGUAAAUGAAAUAAUACGGAACGAUCUCUCCAGCACCAACAUCUGAUCGUAGCUGGCCACAUGGAGCUCACGCGCAAGCUGCUUGGAGCCCGCUCGGCCGCCAAUGGUCCCGCUCCCACACCAGGACUUCGGGGACACCCAAUGCACACCCGGCGCCGGCCCAGCUCCCGCUAACCCAAGAUUUGCCUCACACGCUCCAAGUAGUUCUGUGCCCAGGAGGACAGACCGAAGGGGGUGGGGCCACCGGUGCACCUGUCACGGGCCCCUGGCACCCCCGCCCCUGCUUCAGUGCUGGAAGUGCCUUAUUAACCCGAUCUGGUGCCCCGGGGCAGAGCGUGGGGUCUGCUGCCAGGAGAGCGUGUGUAGGAGCGAAGCUGUAAAGACAUGUGGCCGUGCGGCUCUCUUCUGUGUGGGCUGGGAGAACCCCGGCCAGCGAGGCAUUUCGAGGAGACCCAGCCCCGCUUCCGAGCUUUCUCUGCUCCCCUUGGGCUGCAGCGUGCGACCUGCUGCCUCGUUCAGUACGUUUUGGGAUCUAAAUCAGUGCGUUUCGGGAUCUUUCCCGUCGUCCUCUUUUGCGUCCCCUGCUCCCUCCCGUGUUACCGAAACUGUAGGAUUGUUGACUGUAGCAUGCUGGGGUUUUGUUUUUAAUCUGGCUUUGAACGUGGUGCAGGUAAGAUGAGAGCACAGGAUACCCCGCGGGACGAAGGAGGUCUGUGCGCCCAGGACCGACCUGGCGUUUGCGUGUGUGCACGGCCAGCGGCACGCAUUUACACACAAAUGCAGAGUGACGGAGGGGGCGAUAUGCGGCCCUCGCCCCGCAGGGGCUGCCGCGUUGGCCGUACCCCGUGUCCGUUCUGGAAAAUGCAUCUGAGACAAAACCCGGCUCCCCGGCUCCGUCCCUGGGGCCCAUCUCCCGUCCACCGGGUCUGCACUGUCCUGUGGGGUGCGGCGGGCCAAGCUCGUCAGAAAGCCGGGAGAGGUGCAUUCUUGGUGCCCAGAUGUGCCCGAACGGCAGGUGGAAAGCGACUGUGCCGAGUGUCCAGGGGGUGUAACGUGUUUGUUCCGCUGUGAGAUUUCCCUUCACAGAAGCCUUCUGACCGCGCUUCGUCUAAGGGAACAGUCACCAGAAAUGGGUUCCUAGACAGCGCCUGCCGUGGGUUCCCGAGUAGCCGCUGUGAACGUACAGGUCAGCGUAGACGCCACUGCUUCUCCUGCAUCUGUACCGGCAACCGUCCACAUCACGUGACUGCUCGCCAGGACCCGUCGUUUCACGUAACCAAAAAGCAUGGUUCAUUAAAACAUGGUUAACCUGAAAGUUGUGCCUUAGGAGUCCAGGCCCCUCAUGGAACACGUCUCAGCUGCACCCGCGGGCGGGCGGCGUGGGUCCUGACCCCACAGCACGACAUGAGGCUGGAAAGGAUCUGCGCAGCGUCCUCCUGUGCAACCACACGCCGUUUUUGUUGGACUCCCGGGAAGGACACAAGCCCGAAAGCCGUAUGUGUACCCUCGCACACCGCCCUGAGAACGCCGGCACGUGGCUGCACCCCGGCCACGGCCCGCCCGUCGCCCAGACCUCAGCCUGCCCUCAGCGUCCUAGGACUCGCAUGACCCUCUUCUCGGUGGGCUUUCUGUGGGAAGGAACUGUUUGGUGUUUGUGUCCGCUGUCCUUUAGUUAGGAGAUAGACCCAAUAAAGCAGUAUUUUUUGCUGGACAA